AUGAGAACCAUCCGGAGGCACCGAUCUGCUACGGGCACCGAGCUGCUACUGGGACGCUGCAACCUGCUCCGGAUGUCCCGAGUUCGGAUGCUUCUCGUUUGUCUAUGCGGGAUGCUGGCUAUGGCUCUGACACUUGGAUUUUAUUUGUCGAGUAAUGAUACAAGAGAUGAUGAUGACAGUAUUCAUAUGCACGAUAACAUACAAUUUCGUGUGCCAGACCUAAUAAGAGACAAGUUGACCCAUAACCCCCGUAGGUCCACUGUGGCCCAGAUCAAACGUCUGGUGGGCCAGGUAAAUUCGGGGAGGCUUUGGUACUCUCUCCUGAGGCCCAUCCUGGUAGAGAGACUGCCAGGUACAAGGGGCAGCCGUAGGGUGCGUGAGCACAUCUACAGCCAUCUGGAGUUCCUGUCAGCGGGUUGGUCGUUGGAGGUCGACUCCUUUAACUCUGCUACCCCAAAGGGACUAAUCACCUUCUCCAACCUGCUAGCAGUCCUGGACCCCUCGGCCCCGCGUCGUCUGCUGCUGGCCUGCCACUACGACUCCAAGGCCAUGCCCCCAGCUUCCAAAACCCCCGACGGUCCUCUCAGGAGGUUCCUAGGGGCCAGCGACGCGGCUGUCCCCUGUGCCAUGAUACUGGAGCUGGUGACUGCACUGGACGUCCACCUGAAAGUGCUAAAACAACAGAAGUCACAGGUGACAUUGCAGUUGGUCUUCUUUGAUGGUAAUGAGGCGUUUCAGCAGCCGAGCCCCUCCGACUCUCUGUAUGGCUCACGUUACCUUGCUGACCAAAUGUCCCGCACCCCUCACCCCCCAGGAGCCGAACAUACCACCCUGUUAAAUGCUUUGGACCUGUUUGUUCUGUUGGAUCUGAUUGGUGCACCUGACCCUAUGUUUGUCAACCACUUUGACAACACUGUACGCUGGUUUGAUGAGCUCAUAUAUGCAGAGAGGAGGCUCCAUAAGCUGGGUCUGCUGUCCUCCCACCCCAGAGAGGUGAGUUACUUCAGGAAGGACAUAAACCUGGGCCCUGUGGAGGACGACCAUGUGCCCUUCCUCCAGCAGGGGGUUCCAGUACUACACAUGAUCACAACGCCCUUCCCCUCCUUUAUGCACACUCUGGAGGACACAGCGGAACACAUCCAUUCUCAGACUAUCGAGAAUCUCACCAAGGUGCUAGUGGUGUUCCUUGCUGAAUACAUAGGACUCUGA